AUGAGGUUCCUAAACUUAGUGGGGAUCGGGGACAUCACGACCCAGGCUCAGAAAUUGGAACAGUUCAAUAGGAUACUUGUGACCGGGAUUGACAGAAGUAAGCCUGCAGAGGAAACAACAUGGAUUUAUCAAGCUGAGAGAUUCGUUAAGGAAACGUUUCGUGAUUGGGAAACUGGAGGAAGGACACUUUUGGUUCCAUGCGUCGAAGACAAAAACGAAUGGAUUAAGAUUGUCAAGGACGAUCCAGGGAAAAAGGCCGAGAGGUCCAUCAUCCUGAGUCUAUAUGAGCUUGGAAAAAGCAAGAAGUUGCCGAUGUUCAUAACAUAUAACCGUAACUUUUCCCACCUCAUCAAGAUGAAGGAUGUGGGCGGUGGCACGGAGGAUCUUGUGACAGGGGAGCAUGAUAUCGUCUUGAUACAUCGCGAGUUUGGGGUCGUCUUCAUGCAAGUGAAGAACCUGUCUUCUAAAUCGAAAGUGAAGGAAAAUGUCCAGAAAGCCAAAAAGCAGCUAAAAAAUGAUGUUCUCAGCCUAAAAGCAACAGUGCAAGAGAGCGGGUCCGGGGACGUCAACGUGUCUCUCUGUGUAUUAGCACUCGCAAAUGUAAAGAGAUCUCAGGUUGAAGCAAAAUCUCUCAGUGACAUGCCAGUACCCACCGUCUUUCUUUGCGAGGAGGACCUUGAGACGGCGGAGUCCAUUGAACGAUGGUGGAAUGAACAAGUCCUUCACCAGCUGUCAAACUCCAUCAUUGAUUCCAGGACGUAUCUGAAACUUCUAGCAAUAUAUAUCGCCCCGGUGUACGCGACUCCCGCUUACACGGCCCGGAUGACGACGCAAGAUUUCAAUUUCCUCACUGCAGAUAAAUUGGACAUCUUGGUGAACGGACCCAAGGAAUUCACCGUGAAAGGAGCGGCUGGAACGGGCAAGACCUGGCUCCUUCAGGAAAAAAUUAGGAACAUCGUGAUGUCCUGGUUCUCUGAUGGACCCAUCCAGGAUAAGGACGAGAAGAUCCUUGUCGUCUGUUUUAAUAAACAUCUAGCCAACCAUUUCUUUCGGACCCUUUCCUAUCUCCUUCUCAAGUCUGCAAUGGCAAUGCUCAACAGAUGGAGGAAGGAAAUCGAGGAAGAGAACGAAAAACGGAAGGUUAGGCAGAUAAUUGUGAAAAACCUUGUCAUCUGCUGCAUGACCCCUUACGAGCAAAAAGUAUGGGGCGGGGAGUUCUCGGGGACGAAAGGAACUGACAAAGCAGCAUCCGUCCAGGCGAACGGAGAGGAUAAUGAAGAAAUCUGCUCAGCGAAUCAGAACUGGAGGAUCCGGAAUGCUACCUGGGAAUUAUUCGCAUUCCAUCGAUUUUUUGAGAACUCGUUCGUCAGGCUCCCACGCCAGAAGAUGGGGAGAUGGCCGCUUAAGAAUCGAAUCGUCCGACGCCUCUUCCAAUCUUUCGCUCCCGAACCUAACUCCAUGAAUUUCUUGGAUGCGAGCCUCAAAAUCAUAGCGCUUGAGGAAGUGAACCAUCCUCUCCAGCUAAUUUCGAAAGGAUCUGUGGGUAAAUCAAUGCUGGGAAUGAGUUCUCGGUUAUCUGAAUGUCGUGACCUGGUGAUGGACUUACCCCAAACGAUGCAACAUGUCGUACUUGCGGACGUGCAGAAGAUACUAAAAACCCGGAUGCCCCCUUUCCAUCACAUCUUCGUCGACGAAGCCGAAGACUUAUGUCAGGGGUUCGAAGAUCACUGGUUAACUUCAUUUCGUUCCCUCCACAAAGGAGCUGGAGGAUAUUUCUGGCAGGCCUAUGACCCUCUUUCCUUCACAAGCAUGCCAGCUUCGUUGAAGAAGAAUUUGGAAGGAGCACAUUCCUUGCUUGCGGUCUUGAGGAACCCCGGAUCCGUGUUAGAAACGUGGACCACGAAACUCUCAUCAGAGCAAGACUUCAAAUUAUACCAAAGCGGCACCCGCGACCCCACAUACAAAAGAGACGAAAUCCUCUCGGGCCACGAUAUACAGGGCCCCAAGGUGGAAAAUUUUCCCGUUUCCAGUUCCCAUCUAGCUGAAAGGAUCCUGGAAACUCUAAGAGACAAGUUCGGGAGUGGGACACACCCCGGCGACAUCGUCAUACUCUUCGCCUACAGAGGGGAUUUCUUCUUCCACAAAGACCGGCUGAGGAAAGAACUGGAAUCGAAGUUCGGUACUUCUCCCAGCAGCCCCCGCCUUCUUGUUGAGUACGCUAAUUUCUUCAAGGGCAUGGAAGCCCCCAUCGUCUUCUUGAUCACCAAUCAAAGAGAGAAGGAAAGGGGACAAUUCUACAUCGGGGCAUCCCGCAGCACUUCCUACCUCAUUCAACUCGCCAUGGAGGCCAGCGAACAAGAGGACGAGGCUGCAGAGGAGGCACACUUGCAGGAAUUCGUUGCAAGCUUGCCGACUGAUGCGUCUGAGGAAUAUAAGGAGAGUGCAAAAAGACGAUGGGGUCACCUGAAUUUCAUCUCGUAG